UGUUUGGCUUUAACUGUUCAUCUGCCGCCGGUCUGACAGAUCAGCUGAUCACCUCAUCGCAAGGACCAAAACAGCUAACGCUAGCUUAACGUAGCUGUCGGCAAAAAGUUAUGACAGGACAUAGCGGUCUAACAGUGCGUGAUACGCUCUGCCCCGUCUAGCUAGUGCGUCAGUGGCAGAGGCUAACCGGCUAACUCACCUAAACGCUCAGAUCCUGGGUAGGGAUUGAUAGCGUCUGGCCACCAACCAGAUUUAAAGCUUUAGCAGGAGACUAACUAUGCCUUAUCUCUGAGAAUGGGAGGAAGUGGAUCCAAAGCCAAAGGUGUCUGGCCUUUCUCAGGCAGUGGAGCUGGAGGCGAUACAGCCAGUGAGGGGAACGAGCAGUCUUUGGCCCGUCUUAAAGGUUCCAGAAAUGCAACACCAUUUGUUUUUACUAGGAGGAGUUCUUUAUAUUAUGAUGAGGACGGUGACCUUGCCCAUGAAUUCUAUGAAGAGACAGUGGUGACAAAAAACGGCAGAAAAAAGUCCAAAUUGAAGAGGAUCCAGAAAAAUUUGAUUCCACAGGGAAUUGUAAAGCUCGACCACCCCUGUAUUCAUGUAGAUUUCCCCAUCGUCCUCUGUGAGGUGUGAAGCAUUGCACAGGACUGAUCUACUAUGAGGUGCACAGGUACUCAUCUCAGAGCAAAGUCUUGUUCCAAUUGCGGUCGAGACUCGAACUGUGGUCUGGAGAGAAAAAAUUAAAGUAAAACCUGUCAUAUUAAAUAUCUAUAUUGAAUGAAAUGUUAUACAUUUGAAUUCAGCUAUGGUCAGAGAGUGCCCUCGACACCAAAAUCCAUAUUUUGAUAUUCACAAAAGUAGUGAUGGUACAAGUUGUGUUUCCACUACCCAGCUGAUAUGUAAGCAGUCUUAGAGAAUACAUCAAAGUGAGUUGUAUUUUUGCAGGGAAAAACAUCCUCCAUGUGAAAAGGCUUUAACGGUUUAUGCCUUCCGUGAGACAUAGAGUGUUAGACUGUAUCUUUUGUCUUUGUAUGUGUACAUGUGUGCACUUAGGUUUGUUUGACUGAAUGUGUGUAAGAAGGAUGCAAGAUGUUAUUACAGGGUAGGAAAAUGAAGGAUUGUGAAAUUUAUUGUAUAUAUGGUAAUGUUCUGUAUUGUCAUGUCUGAGUCUGUCUCAGUUACCAGAGCUCAGACCUGCACUAGUGAACAUAAUGUACUGUAAAUAAUUUCAGAUUUCUUAGUUGGACAUACUUGAAUAAAUGGUUUACUGAGCUGAA